GCCACCUAGAGUUAGACUUGAGAAGACACGUGGAGGUUUUCAUUUAUGCCACUGACACUAGGGGGCUUUCUAUGCGGAAGUCAACAAGCACUGAGCUGCUUCGUGAAAGUGCUGGGACUAUUUUGUAUGAACUGACAUCUUCUGAUUGAUUAAUCGAACCAGUCAUGUCGAAGAACACAGUGUCCGAUCGAUUCAGAAAGGUUGAUGUAGAUGAGUACGACGAAAACAAGUUUGUCGACGAGGAGGACGGCGGAGAAAAUCAACUAGGUCCGGAUGAGGCUGAGGUGGAUUCUCUCAUCAGAUCAGGUAACCUGAUGGGAGCUUUGCAGGCAGUACUGAAGAAUCCACCCAUCAACACCAAGAACCAGAAUGUGAAGGACCGGGCUGAAGGCCUUGUGUUGAAAGUGCUCAGCUCUGUCAAGGCUAGCGAUAUAGAAAAGGCUGUUCAGUCUCUGGAUAAGAGUGGAGUUGAUCUCCUGAUGAAAUACAUCUACAAAGGCUUUGAAAGACCCUCAGACAACAGUAGUGCCAUCCUACUGCAGUGGCAUGAGUCCACCCAAAAAAGAAAGUAA